UGUGGAGCGCGAGAGGAUGCUGGAGACUCACACGGGAUGCUCACUGCUAUGUGUAGGUUUAUCCUUCCCCAAAGGAUGACUGCGGACAGUUGUGACUCUGUGGAGGGCUCGCAAACAUCGGCUGUAGAGAUGCUGAGCGCCAACAUCUCCAAGACAUUGCGCGAAGACAAUGUCACCAAGAACUCCAGCUGUGGAUCCGUAUCAGUGGGUUUCCCUAUCACCAUGAUGAUCACCGGCAUGGUGGGCAACUCGCUGGCUCUCAUCCUGGUCUACGUCUCCUAUAUAAAGAAGGAGAACAAAAGGAAAAGGUCGUUCCUGCUUUGCAUUGGCUCUCUGGCGCUCACUGAUCUGUUUGGACAGCUGCUGACGAGCCCAAUAGUCAUAUCAGUUUACAGAGCUGACCUGAGCUGGGAGCGCAUCGACUCAUCGGGCACGCUUUGCGCCUUUUUCGGCGUGUGCAUGACAACUUUUGGCCUGUGCGCGCUCUUCUUGGCCAGUGCCAUGGCGAUUGAGAGGGCCAUGGCGAUAACAAACCCACACUGGUACUCCAGCCAUAUGAGGACAAGUGUGACUAAGCAGACCCUGGCUGCCAUCUGGCUCCUGGUGCUGCUCUUUGCUCUGCUGCCCAUCGCGGGGGUCGGGAAGUACACGCGUCAGUGGCCGGGCACCUGGUGCUUUAUCAGCAUCGGAGACAGAGAAGUCCCAGGCAACAUGUUCUUCGCCAUCACUUUCGCAGUGCUGGGGAUUUUCUCUCUGCUGGUGACACUCUCCUGCAACGUGGUGACGAUCCGGGGCUUGAUUGUCCGGUGCAAAACCAAGUCUGGCACGUCUCAGUCCUCCAAACAGUGGGAGCGACUCACCACGGAGACCGUCAUUCAGCUGUUAGGGAUUAUGUGCGUCCUGCUCGUGUGCUGGUCCCCUUUACUGGUGCUGAUGCUGAGGAUGAUCUCCACCCAGGCCUCCUCCCACCAUUGCAACUCCAAAGUGGGGAUAUCCACUAACUCCUCCAGCCGGGACGUCAGCUUGGACUGCAACUUCUUCCUGACGGCGAUCCGCCUGGCCUCCCUCAACCAGAUCCUCGACCCGUGGGUCUAUCUGCUCCUCAGGGAGAUCCUCCUCCGCAAGUUCUGCAUCGUGGCCAACGCCAUGUCCAACUGCUCCCUGGAGGGUCGCAAGGAGAAUCAGAAUGCACUGGACGCGCUUAACAAGCAGAGCCCGGACAGCAGCAACCUUCAUAAAGCACAAAGUGGCUGAGGCGACCUUUGACGUGAGAAUUGCUCCGGUGAGGCCGUGAAGCCAGGACAGAUUGGACGGAUGUGAAAGUGGAUGCAGGACUGUCUUGGAAGAGGUGUGAAAAAGUAAAAAAAAUGAAUAUUUUGACACAGAAGGAUAUUGUGCAAUGGGAGACGAGAGUAGUCCCUCUAAUGCAGCGUUAAUGAGAAGCAGUCUACUCAGCUCCGGGUGCACUUGUUUUGCUUAAAACACAUUCCAUUCAAAGUCACCUAACCAGCAUGUGGACGCAUGACCGUGUCACUUCUUGCAUUCGGCUGCGGCGCAGCUGCCAGGAAUUCUCUCUUUGCUACUUUUCUGUUUUGAUAACAUCUCCACGUGCAGCCGCUGAAUAUGUGUGACUUUAAACUGACUUAUAUGGAAAUGGUGCAUCUCAUCCUGCUUUUUUCAGUCUGUGAUCUGAGUCACUGCUUUCAACAACUUGAAGCCAUAAGCCAAUUUAAGGACAAAUAAAUGGCUGUUGUGAAUGUCUGUAAAUUAAAAAAAAACAGUGUAAAUUGCUCACAUGAAGUUGUAAAUAGCUUUGUCGUAUCUUACAUGAAAUGUAAUCGCUGGACAUUCAGAAGAAAGAAAAAACUGGAGCCAACUGUUUAUGUUAAGUAUUUAUUAAGAGUGUUGCUGUUGUAUGAAGCCAAGUGGUUUUUUGAGCAAAAUGCUGGUGAUGGUACCUGUUGGGAGUCGGCUGUAUUUUAUAAUACACUGUACGGUGUUCCUAGGCAACCAGGACUCUGAAAUGUGAAGCUUUUCAUUUGUCGCCACUGUGUUUUAGAAGCGUUCAUGAUCUGUAAUACGUCCUGACAAGGGGGUCAAAUCUCACCAGCCUAAUCUUUUUUGGAAAGAAAAAAGAAACAUAAUUGCUGGAGUCUUAUGACCAGUCAUGUCAAAAUAAGUGGAGAGAUUGGGGCUGUUUGGAUAAAAUGCUGACUAGCAGAAAAGAUAAUGGAAAACUAAAGGUCAUGUCCAAACUGUCCAAACCUCAAAACAAUACAAACUGUAAAAAGAUUGAAAAGCUUUUUUGGCAUGUUUGAAGCUGCUACACACAAUUUCUUGUGGUUUUAGAAAUCUCACAACAAUGGAUUGUGGUCACAUUAAAAUAUUUCUGCCUGUGCAGAGGGUUGUAGCUGCAGCUACAGAAAGUUGAAACCAGCUAUAUAAAUUCGCCUCAUGCUUUUAAUCUGAUGGUGAUUAAUUUGGACGUUUUGAAUGUGUCCUUUGGUAUUUCAUCUUUUAUUUUUCUCUCAUCUCCCAAACUGUUCUUGUAGCGUUGAUGCUGAAUGUUAAUUUCCUUUCAUGUGUUCAGUGCAAUGUCUCAGAGGUCUCAGAUGAAAUCAAGGCAUGUUCUAAUGAGGUGCUUUGCUCCCAGCUGACUAAAUGUAAUUGACAAAGAGCGCUAUAUCUAUUUCUUUUUACGGUGGUGUAAACAUUUUUGAUGGGGUCUUGUAUAACACCAUCUUGUUGGUGUGUGUACUGUAACCUUCAGGCUCUGGGACAAUUUCUCUCAUCACAACCACUCGGCCUUCUCUGCUCAGCAGCAAACAUUAUUAGAUAAUGUCCACUCGCCUUGGUCCUGCCUUCGCUUUCAAAUGAUUCAAGUGAGAAACACAUGCUCGGUGAUAAUGACCCUAGGAAGUUGUUAUCUGCAAUAGCCUUGUGGAAGAUGAACAUUUUCUGUUUCCAUGUAUCUGUUGAUCCGCUAGCAUGAGAGUGGAGUUGUAUUGAUUGUGAAGCCAGUCUGCCUUAGUAUAAGUCUCAAGGUGUGACCUUAGUCGGUGAGUAAACACUCAAAAACAUAGAACCAAUGGUAUUCAGUAGAGUGCAUAACUCUGCCAAGGCGCUAAAGACCAAAAUUAGAUGGGGUUUUCCCUGACUCAUAUCACAUCCUUCCACCAAAUUUCAAAGUAAUCCAUUCAGUAGCUUCAGUGGAAUCUUGUUCACAACAGACAAACAUACAGACAGAUGUGAAAACACAACCUGGUUGGAGGUCAAAUUAAAUUUGCAUUGCACAGAAACAAAUUAAUUCCCAUUACUCCUGAUUAUGGAGCUCAUAGGAGCCGUGAAUGUAUAGAGACAUUUACAUAUGGUACCUUGAUCGUUAACAUGUGAAAACACUAAUGUAUUCCUCUACAGGUAAUCACUGUCAUUAACGACGUAAGUGCCGUCAGAAUAACAUGAGCAGCGUUCACUGUAAUGAAUGUUCCACUAAUUGAGCCUGUGGCGCUGCAUUACGAGUAUUUACUCCAGGCAUAUGUUCCUGUGGUGCCGCGGUUAAUGUACACUUCGAUUGUGACAUCAGGGGUUUAAUUCAUGCGUUUAAAACAAUGACUGCAUUUAUUCGCAAUCUGCUGUGGGAUAUGUUGUGUUUACGAUUCACUCUGCUCACUUGAAUCUGUGGCGUAAUUAGCUCAGUUCUCCAUCCAGGAGACUGUGAGAGAGAGUGAGACGCUGCUUCCUGCUCGUCAGUCGAGGAAAAAUAAUUACGCAGAGGAAUAUCCCCUAAAGGCUUAUUGGCCCUAUAUGUGUUUGUGAAUUUUCCAGGGAGUUACAGCCAACCCGAGCCCAAACCACAUGGUGGGAAGGAAAAUGGAAGAAUAAUGAUUUAUUCUUUCUAAAUAGAAAACAUAAUACAUUUCAAUCCAACUUUAAUGGACCCAGCAGAAUCAUAUGCAUCAUGUUUACAGGAAAUGUUUUUCUGUAAUUAUGCUGAAGAGUUUACACUCAUGAAAUAUAGAUGUUCAUUUAAACUAUAGGGCUGCUACACAGUGACGAGAUGCAAAUAUCUGUAAACUCCAGUUUACUGAUUAAAAAAGUGAUGAUAAUUAAUGUUUGGCUUCAUUAAUAAUUUGCUCUCUGCUUUAAACAUGAAACACAAGAAAAAUCACAACACGUGCUUGUCAAGCUUUGACUGUGAGCACUGUCAGGUUGGGUUUUCUCACAGGCUUAAUUGAUCUGGAUCUGUGCAGAGGUGGUGUUAGGAUGACUGUGGUCAAAAAUUCAGCCGGGGAAUCUUUCAGAGUAAAAUAAAGAUAAAACAUAAGACACUGUGCUCUAUCGAAAAGCUUAUGGUAUGGUGUGUAGACUUUAACAACAUUAAAACAAACUAAAUAGAACAAAUAAAAAUUAGCACAAUCCGAGUUCUAAUUCGACUGUGUUAUUAUAUCUAUUUUCAGCAGCCGCAGUAAAACCCUGAGAAAAAAGAAGAUGCUUCACAUUAAUGAAACAGUCAUGUGAUUGUUUGUAUAUCGCUAAUGCUUUGUUUAAUUUAGAAAAUUUUGUGAUGACUAUAUUUAAAGAUAAACAACGCUUCCCCCCUUCCUCCCAGUAUCCAGAAAUGAAACAAGAACUACCUAAAAUGUAAAUGUAAACAUUUAUUAAAAAUGUAUUUCAUCAGUA